GAAUGUAAAGAUAUACAAAUGGGCUAUUGGUCAUUCAGCUAUCUAUGAACAGCUUCCUCGCUUUACUGGUGAUGGAGAAGAGGCUUACAACUUCUCUCAGGGUUAUACCAGCUAUCCCUCUGGAAGUUCAGAUGUUUGCCGUAAAAACUUACCUUGAGCCUGUUGAACACUGAGUUGGCUAUCAAAGUCCAUCUGCAAACAACUGCACAGCAGGAUUUACAAAGGAAGGUCACUUCUGUUUCGAAACUUGCGGUGACGGAGUGUUCUACGAAACUCCUAGGGUCUAUGGAUGCGACGAUGGCAACACAACACCAGGAGAUGGAUGAAACGAGUAUUGCGAGGAAGAAGGCACCCCUCCUUGUUCUUCUACUCAUCUGGGCACAAGCGUCUGAGGGGUAAGCUGAGGCAAUGCAAUCAAGCAGUCAGAAGGUAGUGAAGAAUGCGAUGACGGCAAUCUUAUCGAUGGAGAUGGAUGAGCCUCUAACUGAACAGUUGAGUCAGGCUAUGCCUGUAGUGGAGCAGAUGGACAACUGAGCCAAUGAAAUCUUGUUGUUUGAGGAGAUGGUAAGAGGUACUCUAACCAAGGAGAAGAAUGUGAUGAUGGGAACGACGUUAAUGGAGACGGAUGAGCCUCUGAUUGUAAAAUUGAACCAAAUUAUGACUGCUCUGGACUUGAAGGUCAGCAGAGCAAUUGAGUUCCCUACAUUUGAGGAGAUGGCAAGAAACAGUCAGUCAUUGGGGAGGAAUGUGAUGAUGGAAACCUAAUAAAUUGGGAUGGUUGACAUCAGGAUUGCAAAAUCGAAGCAUACUAUAGUUGUACUGGACUUGAUGAUGAGCUUAGUCAAUGAAAUUUAGUUGAUUAUUGAGGAGACGGCAAGAAACAAUCAACUAAUUCUGAAGAGUGUGAUGAUGGAAAUAAUUCAAGUGGAGAUGGAUGAGAUCAGUAUUGUGAAAUUGAACCUAAAAAUACUUGUACAGGGUUAGAAGGAGAGAUUAGUCUAUGAUCUCCUCAAUGUGGAAAUGGAGUGCGAGACUCAGGAGAAACAUGUGAUGACAAAAAUUCUAUGAGUUUGGAUGGAUGUGAUUCUUCUUGUAAUAUUGAAGAAAACUAUAUAUGAACUAAUGAUGCUACACUUGCUAGGGACAUUUGAAUUUCAAAAUAUUUCCCUCCAAUUGUUUCUAAGAAUGUUCUGACAGUAGCAACCUCUGAAAUAGUUUACACUUUUAAUGAUUCAAUGGUCGAACAUAAUUUUACUGGAGGAGAAAUUUCGAUGAGUGUUUCUUCUCCCAUUUCUACAUAUGAUGUAGUCUGGAUAGCAUCGUUUGAGAAAGUGGAUGAGCUUAAGAUCAAAUACUCUAUAAUUCCAGAAAUUUUAGGAGGAAAUGGAGAGAUAUUGCAAGUUACAUUUGAAGACGUCAAUGCUUUCACUUCCCAAGAUAAGAUGACAAUCUCAAAUAAUGUGCAAUAUAAAUACCAGUUUGGAGAAAUUCCUGCCUCAGCUACAACAGAAGCAGCAGGUUCUGGCGCUACAGUCAUGUUCUUCCUCACUUUUGGAUUUUCUAUUGGUGUGAGUGUGCUGACAGGGUCUUCAAUGGAACUAAUGUGGAGUCUAACAAAUACCUUACAGAUAGUAUUUAUCCUUGGGCUUUUGAGAUUGCAUUAUCCUUCAAAUCUCAAAGAAGUGUAUUCUUACAUGAAAUACUCAAAUUUUGAUAACCCGAUAACCAAGAAGCUCUCUGAGAUAUCGCUAAGUAGUUUCAGCUUUGUAUCGUCACCCAUUAAUGAAGACUUUGAGGAUCUGGGAUUUGGCUCAUCAAACAUCAUAGUCAACUCACUUGACAAGAUAUUCUUGAUAUUCUUUUUAGGACUAAUCAUCUUCCUGGUUUACUGACUCUUUCUGUGUCUCAAGAGGAAGAAGACCUGGUUCGCUAAAAAGAUCACUAAGGUUGACAAGUCAUUGCGAUAUGAGUCAUCAACAAGAUUCAUAGUUGAAAUUUCGAUGAAUUUGUCAGUCUCCAUCAUGCUUAAUGUGUUUUAUGGAUCAAAAGGAGGAUUGUUUGAAACUCUUUCUCUUAUAUUUGCAAUUCUACUCUUCUGCUUGCUCACAUUUGUCUUUUUGUAUGCAACCAUUUGGCCGCUAGUGUAUUUUAAGCAACUUCAAGUUUACCCAGAUCGUUAUGAGAGACAUUGCUUUUUGUUCUUGGAGUUCAAGACCCAGCAUAUAAAGUGCGUCCUGUUCUACUCAUAUUUCACACUCAGAAGAGUUCUAAUUGCCGUAGUUGUAAUCGGUAUGCAAAACUUUGUACGGAUCCAAAUAAUUUGUCUGACACUACUGUUCUUUUGGGUUGCAAAAUACCAAGUCAUAUACAAGCCAUUUAAGUCGGAAGCAAGCAACUUUCUCAACAGUGCAAAUGAGAUAUUUUUGGUGAUUUUCUGCCUUGCCCUUCUCAAUUUCAUGAGCCCAAAUGAUGCAAACAAGCUUGAACUCUUUGGAUUCACCUGUAUUGGAAUGAUUGCCAUCUUCUUCAUAAUCAACUGGGGUUUGAUACUUCCCAUGAAAGCCAUCAGCACACUCAAAAAUUGUGUAAAGAAGUGAAAGAAGAAGACCCCUCAAGAGAAGGAAAAAGAGAGGAUGAAGAAGGUCUUAAAAUCAAUCGCUGAAUCAAGAAGACUUGAACCAAAUAACAUAGUCAGUACUUUGCGUCCAAAUCCUAAUCCUCAGAUCUCGGAAUAUUCACUCCAACUUCAGAUGAGAGAUGCUCGUGUUUACAAAUUACCAAGAAAAAUUAAUGAAUAA